CAGGGAUGGAUGGUGUUGGCACGGAGGGACGAGACCGUUCCCUCUCUUUGGCAAACGGAGCAGCUCCUGGCGUGGUUCCCUGCGCAGUCUCCGGGGUCCCCAGGUUGUGAUGGGGUGAGCAGGGCGUGUGGCGUGGCCCAGGACGCCAGGCCGGCCCAGAGCACCCGCGCGUUGAUCGGCGGGAAGGAGGGCCCGCCCCGAGAUUUAUGGCCGCAGUCGGGCCCCCUGCGCACCGAGCGCGUCUCGGUCCUCUCCCAGCCAAACACUGGAGUGGAGGACCCGACCCCGGCUGGAGGAAGAGGCCAGGGCCGGAGGCGGGGCCGAGAGAAGCUGGAAUCCAUCCGGGCUGGGCCUGGCGCAUCAGUCCCAAUUCUGCCCGCCUUGCGCCCUCGUCUCGGUGAGGUGUGGGGCGCUGGCGCCGCAUCCCUGGUCUUCCAGGCAGGUCCGGGCAGCUCCCGGCGGGGUUGGCCUGACCUCGACUUGGUGCUGUACUGCAGCUGGGCCUGUCGCACGCAGCGAGGGGACAGCGAACGUGGCUUUCCUGGGCAUAGCCUCUCCAGAUUUUAGCCGCGCCCGCCAGACACGGGACCUGCGGAAACCAGCGCUUAAGAUACCCGGCCACACACGGCCUCUGAGAGGGCUGCAGAAGCCAGCGAUCCCUCGGGGUCCCCUUCACCGAGUUGCUAGCAGACUGGGGGCUUCGGUCACCACCUGGAAAAGGGGUUGGGGCAACCGGCGGAGUGACUCGGGUGCCGCGCCAAGGAAAGGAUACUAGAUUUUUCCCCUCUCUGGGGGGGAUAAGGGGAGAACGGGUCUCAGCGGCAAGCAACACCAGGAUUCGGGAAGAACCGGGUUCAACGCUGAAUUGAGAGACGCUGUGUAAUCGCGGGACUCGCACUAGCCUGGUGCAGGAGACCGAGCCUGCGCCAACUAAAGCGCAACAGGGGAGACGGCCGGGCUCAAGGUUGGCCUGUCCUUUGGUUUUAAAACAAAGAGGGAGAAUUUUGUCAGGUGGGACGCGUCCAGGGAGCGGGCGGCCUCGGAACACAGGAAAGGCCUCCACUCCAGUUACCCAGGCUGGCUGCGGAGAAGCGCGCUGGGCCGGGCCUCGGCUAGACUGGGCAGAUUCUCCUGCAACUGCGGUUUGGGGUUACAAGGAAGAACCCCCCACCCCCAGCCGAUUUUCCACCCACUCAGUGUAACACACACACACACACACACACACACACACACACACACACACAGCUUUUGGCCACCUAUUCCGCUGGAUAAACAAAAGUAUGAGGGGUGGGGUGGGGGAGGGGAUGGAAUGGGGGUGGGGCACGGAAGAUGGCGGCUGGCCCUGGUUGCCUUUGGCCUGUGCCCUAUGGCCAUGGCGCCUAGGCCUGGUUUUUACAUUUCAAUGUUGCCCGCCAUACUGGGGAGGGCGUUUUCCUGGACCCCGCAGCCUGGUUAGGGAUGUCCCAGAGGCUCCUUUCCAUGAAUGGGGGAGGCUGGACUGUACCCACUACUUCGCUUGGGAUCGGUCCUCCGCCCCAAGAUGGCUCCCAGUCGCUGUUUACUCAGCGGCUGCGGGGACACCAGGACGCGGGGCUGGGGAGCGGGCGAAGAUCAGGGCGCGUACAGAUUGGCUCGGGCAGGCGGCCUCUCUGCGUGGCCCGUCCGCGGCCCCGUGCACGCGGCAGCCCUGGAGAAUCAGCAGGGGCAGGAUGCGUCCCGGGCGUCCCGCCCGGCGGCCAGGAACUGGGAGCCACCGUCACCACCGCGUCUCCAGGCCCCGCACCCCGGCUGGGCUCCGGUGGCUGCAGGGCCGCCCAAUUGUGGAGAGGGGCGGUGGGUAUGGGGGGAGGGGGCCUCCUUGGCCCUGAACCAUGGCCCUAAUGAAAUACCGGCUGGGUCUGUCACGCCGCCGAGGCGCACACUUGAAAAAUGCAAACGCCAUUGGCAAAUCCAGGGCAAACAGGCAGAAUUUUUAUUAGCAACUAAAUGAUUUAUGGUACACAUACCCCGCCGUCACAAUUACGGCGUCUUGGAGCAUCCAAGGGGUGAAAACAUUAAACAUUUAUAAAAAUAGGCCUUUGUUUUUUUCUACCCCGCAAGCCUUUUGUUUUCCCUAACCCAACUCUCUCAAGAUAUAUAUUUUUUUCCUUUAGCAAUAUUAAAACAUCCGCCAAAUCCAGAGCGGGGUAAUGGGGUGGGGAAUUAGGGUCUGGGCUGGGGAUCUUGGUGGGUAAAGAAGGUGGGGAGAAAGCGAUGGGGCCUUGGGCGUGGGAGAGCUUACUAGGAACACACAAGACCUCUGCAUAAGACUCAAGGGCGCUCGGCACCCCCCACACAUGGCCCCCUUCCCCCGCCUGGGCUUCCAGCAGCCCCGCACAGCUCGACUGCGUUUAUUCGAUUCCUGCAGUCCCCUCCUCCCCUAAGGCACACAGACACAAUACCUCCUUUCUCUAACCCCCCUCUCCUCUCCGUCUUUGCUCCUGGCCGUCCCGGGGAUGCACCGGGCGCCUCCCGCCGCCCCGAAUGCCGAGGCCGCCACUGAGACCUGCACGCCCAGCUCCAAACGCAGACACCGUGGCUCGUUCCCCUCAGCUCCGGCUAUUUUCGUUCCUUUCUUUCCUUCUCACUCCUCCCUCCUCCCCCAGCGAAGCUCCAGCUUCCAAAAGAGGGCAGCCUAGAAACCAACGCAGGAAGCUCCAGGAAGGGCAACUUGAAACUGCCCUCAAGAGGCUGAACUUUUUUCCUCAAAUUUAUCCUGGAAUUAAAUUAGACACCCCCAGUUCGUUCUCGAAGCCUCCCCCACUUUUUUUUUUUCUAAAAGUGGAGAAAAGAAAAUAGAACGAAUGGGCACUAACUCGCUCAUUCCCGCCCCCCCCAGAAAAGUUGCCUUAAAAAUUGAUUUGAAAAAAAGCAGAACGGGCAAUUCGAAAACGCUGAGUCCGCAGCGCGGGGCGAAAGAGCGGGCUUCUCUUGUUUUAAUUAAAAUCUUAUCACCGCAGUCGCUCUCCGAGGUAGGAGCGGAAGGACUUCUGCCCCUCCAAGCUUCCUUUCCAGGACGCCGUGUGUGCCGCCUUGCACAGCUCUGCGUGGCCAUCCGGAGGGGCCCUACCGCCAGCCGCCUGUGCGCCCCGGGCCGCCGGCCCGCUGGCCCGCUGGCCCGCUACCGAGCGCAAGCCCCGCUGGCCGCCGCCAUGCACGCUGCGGAGCCCCCGCCACCCGAGGACUCUGGGACUACGCCAAGGCCGAACUUUUAGGUCCCACUGAGCAAGGCCUGCGGGCUGAGUGGGGGUCUGGCCGCGGCACUCCCGCGGAGGAUGGAUGGCCGAGACUUCGGGCCCCAGCGGUCCGUGCACGGUCCCCCGCCGCCUCUGCUCUCCGGCCUGGCCAUGGACAGCCACCGCGUGGGCGCGGCCACUGCCGGACGAUUGCCUGCCUCGGGCUUGCCCGGCCCGCUGCCGCCCGGGAAGUACAUGGCCGGCCUGAACCUCCAUCCGCACCCGGGCGAGGCCUUCUUGGGCAGCUUUGUGGCCAGCGGGAUGGGGCCCUCGGCCUCGUCCCAGGGAAGCCCGGUGCCACUGCCCUCUGACCUCUCCUUCCGCUCCCCCACCCCCAGCAACCUGCCCAUGGUGCAGCUGUGGGCCGCCCACGCCCAUGAAGGCUACUCCCACCUGCCCAGCGGGCUGUACCCAUCCUACCUCCACCUGAACCACCUGGAGCCCCCCAGCAGCGGGAGCCCCCUCCUCAGCCAGCUGGGUCAGCCCAGCAUUUUUGAUACCCAGAAAGGUCAGGGGCCAGGAGGAGACGGCUUCUACCUGCCCACCGCUGGGGCUCCGGGCACCCUGCACUCUCACGCGCCCUCCGCCCGAACCCCUGGCAGCGGCCACUCCUCAGGUGCCCCGGCCAAAGGCUCGUCGUCGCGGGACGGUGCAGCCAAGGAGCGGGCGGGUCGUGGCGGGGAGCCUCCUCCGCUGUUCGGCAAGAAGGACCCACGCGCACGGGGUGAGGAGUCCGCGGGACCACGCGGCGUGGUGGACCUGACCCAGGAGGCGCGUGCCGAGGGCCGCCAGGACCGUGGACCCCCGCGCCUGGCCGAGCGCCUGUCACCAUUCCUGGCUGAAUCUAAGACCAAGAACGCGGCGCUGCAGCCGUCGGUGCUGACCCUGUGCAACGGCGCCGGGGACGUGGGGCUGCCUGCGCUGGUGGCCGAGGCGGGCCGCGGCGGCGCCAAGGAGACCGCUCGGCAGGACGAGGGCACACGGCUGCUGCGGCGCACGGAGGCCCUGCUGCCCGGGCCACGCCCCUGCCCCUCGCCGCUGCCUCCGCCGACUGCGCCGCCCAAAGGGCCGCCGGCGCCCCCCGCGGCCACCCCUGCUGGCGUCUACACCGUCUUCCGCGAGCCAGGCCGCGAGCACCGCGUGGUGGCGCCCACCUUCGUGCCUUCUGUGGAGGCCUUCGAUGAGCGCCCGGGACCCAUACAGAUCGCCUCCCAGGCGCGCGAUGCCCGGGCCCGUGAGCGCGAGGCGGUUAGGCCAGGGGUCCUGCAGGCGCCCCCUGGCUCCCCGCGGCCUCUGGACCGGUCCGAGGGCCUGCGCGAGAAGAACUCGGUCAUCCGCUCUCUCAAGCGUCCGCCCCCCACGGACGCCCCCACGGUGCGAGCUGCACGCACCUCCCCAGACCCCCGCGCCUACCUACCUACCAAGGAGCUGCUCAAGCCAGAGGCCGAUCCACGGCCCUGCGAACGUGCACCCCGCGGCCCAGUCGGUUCUGCGCCCCAACAGGCCGCCAAGCUCUUCGGCCUGGAGCCCGGGCGCCCCCCGCCUGCGGGCCCUGAGCACAAAUGGAAACCCUUCGAGCUGGGCAACUUCGCUACCACGCAGAUGGCCGUGCUGGCCGCGCAGCACCACCACGCCAGCCGCGCCGAGGAGGAGGCUGCUGUGGUUGCCGCCGCCUCCUCCAAGAAGGCCUACCUGGAUCCUGGGGCCGUGCUGCCCCGCUCAGCGGCCACCUGCGGCCGGCCCAUUGCCGACAUGCACUCUGCAGCCCAUGGGCCUGGAGAGGCCUCGGCCAUGCAGAGCCUUAUAAAGUACAGUGGCAGCUUCGCCCGGGAGGCUGUGGCCGUGCGCCCUGGUGGCUGUGGCAAGAAGAGCCCCUUUGGAGGUUUGGGCACCAUGAAACCUGAGCCUGCGCCCACCUCUGCGGGUACUCCCCGAGCCCAGGCCCGACUCCCACACCCUGGAGGCCCUGCAGCGGGUGGCGGCCGGCAGCUGAAGCGGGACCCCGAGAGGCCCGAGAGUGCCAAGGCUUUUGGGCGUGAGGGCUCUGGUGCCCAGGGUGAGGCAGAAGUGCGACACCCGCCCGUGGGCAUUGCAGUGGCCGUGGCCCGGCAGAAAGACAGUGGUGGCAGUGGCCGGCUGGGGCCUGGACUGGCAGACCAGGAGCGCUCUUUGUCGCUGAGUGACGUCAAAGGGCAUGGCCGAGCAGAUGAGGACUGUGUGGAUGACCGGGCCAGACACCGGGAGGAGCGGCUGCUGGGGGCGCGGCUGGACCGGGAUCAGGAGAAGCUGCUCAGAGAGAGUAAGGAGCUGGCAGACCUGGCCCGCCUGCACCCUACCAGCUGUGCUCCUAAUGGCCUCAACCCCAACCUCAUGGUGACCGGGGGCCCGGCGCUGGCAGGCUCAGGGCGCUGGUCUGCCGACCCCGCAGCCCAUCUGGCCACGCACCCCUGGUUGCCCCGCUCGGGCAGCACGUCCAUGUGGCUUGCCGGACACCCCUACGGCUUGGGCCCCCCAUCUCUGCACCAGGGCAUGGCCCCUGCGUUUCCACCUGGCCUGGGGGGCUCCCUGCCGUCAGCCUACCAGUUUGUCAGGGAUCCCCAGUCGGGCCAGCUGGUGGUCAUUCCCAGCGAUCACCUGCCUCACUUCGCGGAGCUGAUGGAGCGGGCCACUGUGCCACCCCUCUGGCCCGCCCUGUACCCGCCGGGCCGCAGCCCCCUGCACCACGCCCAGCAGCUGCAGCUCUUCUCGCAGCAGCACUUCCUACGGCAGCAGGAGUUCCUGUACCUGCAGCAGCAGGCGGCCCAGGCCCUAGAACUGCAGAGGAGCGCCCAGCUAGUGCAGGAGCGGCUGAAGGCACAGGAGCACCGGGCAGAAAUGGAGGAGAAGGGGAGCAAGCGGGGUCUGGAGGCUGCAGGCAAGGGUGGCCUGGCUACCACCGGCCCUGGGCUACUGCCUCGGAAGCCCUCUGGCCUGGCCGCCGGCCCUGCGGGCACCUAUGGCAAGGCUGUGAGCCCACCACCAUCGCCCCGUGCAUCCCCUGUGGCUGCCCUGAAAGCCAAGGUCAUCCAGAAGCUGGAGGAUGUGUCCAAGCCACCCGCCUACGCAUACCCCGCCACCCCCCGCUCCCACCCCACCAGCCCACCGCCUGCCUCUCCGCCGCCCACCCCGGGUAUCACCCGCAAGGAGGAGGCCCCCGAGAAUGUGGUUGAGAAGAAAGACUUGGAAUUGGAGAAGGAAGCCCCUAGCCCCUUCCAGGCCUUGUUCUCAGAUAUCCCGCCCAGGUACCCAUUCCAAGCCCUGCCGCCGCACUACGGGAGGUCCUACCCUUUCCUGCUGCAGCCCACGGCGGCUGCUGACGCGGAUGGCCUGGCCCCAGAUGUGCCACUCCCAGCUGAUGGGCCCGAGCGCCUGACACUCUCGCCAGAAGACAAGCCCAUCCGAUUGUCCCCCUCCAAGAUCCCAGAGCCGCUGCGGGAGGGCCCGGAGGAAGAACCACUGGCCCAGCGGGAGGUGAAGGCAGAGGUGGAGGACAUGGAUGAGGGCCCCGCAGAGCUGCCGCCUCUGGAGUCGCCACUGCCACUGCCCACCGCAGAAGCCAUGGCCACCCCAAGCCCUGCAGGCAGUUGUGGAGGUGGCCUGUUGGAGGCCCAGGCACUGAGUGCCACCAGCCAGGGCUGCAUGGAGCCCUCCGAGUGCCCAGACUUUGCAGAGGGGCCUGAAGCUCAGGCGGAUUCCCCAGGCCGGACAGAACCCUGCACGGCUACCCUGGACAUGGGGGUGCAGCGGGCACCCGAGACACUGGUGGAGACCAAGGAGGAGCCCGUGGAGGUGCCUGUGGCAGUGCCCGUGGCAGAGGCAGUGCCUGAGGAAGGCCUGGCCCAGGCAACCCCAAGUGAGCCCCAGCCCAGCCUUCAAAUGGACUGUGACGUGCCUGCUGGGGAGGGACAGUGCCCGAGCCUGGAGCCCCAGGAGGCCGUGCCUGUGCCUGGCAGCACUUGCUACCUGGAAGAGGGAAGCUCUGACCAGUUACUGCCUGGCCUGGAGGACCCACUGGCUGGCAUGAAUGCCCUGGCGGCGGCUGCGGAGCUGCCCCAGGCCAGGCCUCUGCCCUCCUCGGGCGCUGCCAGAGCCCAGGCCGUGGAGAAGCUGGAAGUGGCUGAGAGCCUUGUCCUGGAGCAGAGCUUCCUGCAUGGGAUCACCCUGCUGAGCGAGAUCGCAGAGCUGGAGCUGGAGAGGAGGAGCCAGGAGCUGGGAGGUGUGGAGCGGGCCCUGGUGGCACGGCCCUCCCUGGAGAGCCUGCUGGCAGCCGGCAGCCACAUGCUGAGGGAGGUGCUGGAUGGGCCUGUGGUGGACCCGCUCAAGAACCUGCGGCUGCCCCGGGAGCUGAAGCCCAACAAGAAGUACAGCUGGAUGCGCAAGAAGGAGGAGCGGAUGUAUGCCAUGAAGUCCUCCCUGGAGGACAUGGAUGCCCUGGAGCUGGACUUCCGGAUGCGGCUGGCCGAGGUCCAGCGCCAGUACAAGGAAAAGCAGCGUGAGCUGGUGAAGCUGCAGCGGCGCCGGGACUCCGAGGACAGGCGCGAGGAACCCCAUAGAAGCUUGGCACGCAGAGGCCCUGGCAGGCCGCGGAAACGGACCCACGCCCCGAGCGCCCUGUCGCCCCCCCGCAAGAGAGGGAAGAGCCGCAACAGUGGCGGAAAGCUGAGCAACAAGUCUCUGCUGACGUCAGAUGACUAUGAGCUGGGAGCAGGGAUACGGAAGAGACACAAAGGGCCCGAGGAGGAACAUGAUGCCCUCAUUGGAAUGGGGAAAGCCAGGGGGAGGAGCCAGACUUGGGAUGAACAUGAGACCUCGUCUGACUUCAUAAGUCAGCUAAAAAUUAAGAAGAAGAAGAUGGCCAGCGACCAGGAGCAGUUGGCAAGCAAGCUCGACAAGGCCCUCUCCCUCACCAAGCAGGACAAGUUGAAAUCGCCCUUCAAGUUUUCGGACAGUACUGGGGGGAAAUCGAAAACUGGCGGGGGCUGCGGCAGGUACUUGACUCCUUACGACAGCCUGCUGGGCAAGGACAGGAAGGCGCUGGCCAAAGGCCUCGGCCUGUCUCUGAAAUCCUCCAGAGAAGGUAAACACAAAAGGGCCGCCAAAGCCCGGAAGAUGGAGGUGGGGUUUAAGGCCAGAGGCCAGCCCAAAUCGGCCCAUUCCCCCUUCGCCUCGGAAGUGAGCAGCUACUCUUACAAUACGGACUCAGAGGAAGAUGAAGAAUUCCUGAAGGACGAGUGGCCCGCCCAAGGCCCCUCCAGCUCCAAACUGACACCUUCCCUCCUGUGUGGCAUGGUGGCAAAGAACAGCAAGGCGGCUGGUGGCCCCAAGCUGACCAAGAGGGGCCUGGUGGCCCCCCGGACUCUGAAACCCAAGCCGGCCACCAGCAGGAAGCAGCCGUUCUGUUUGCUGCUUCGAGAGGCCGAGGCGCGGUCCUCCUUCAGCGACUCUUCGGAGGAAUCGCUUGACCAAGAUGAGAGCUCGGAGGAGGAAGACGAGGAGGAGCUAGAGGAGGAGGACGAGGCCAACGGCGGUGGCUAUAGUCUGGGUGCCCGGGAGCGGGCCCUGUCACCGGGCCUGGAGGAGAGUGGGCUGGGCCUGCUGGCACGCUUUGCCGCCAGCGCCCUCCCCAGCCCCACAGUGGGCCCGUCCCUGUCUGUGGUACAGCUGGAGGCCAAGCAAAAGGCCCGGAAGAAAGAGGAGCGGCAGAGCCUGCUGGGCACAGAGUUCGAGUACACCGACUCGGAGAGUGAGGUCAAGGUGCGAAAGCGGUCGCCCGCAGGGCUGCUGCGGCCCAAGAAGGGGUUGGGGGAGCCGGGGCCCUCCCUGGCCGCACCCACGCCUGGCGCCCGCGGCCCCGGCCCCAGCAGCCCAGACAAGGCCAAGCUGGCAGCGGAGAAGGGACGCAAGGCCCGGAAGCUGCGGGGCCCCAAGGAACCCGGCUUCGAGGCGGGGCCCGAGGCCAGCGACGACGACCUGUGGACGCGGCGCCGCAGCGAGCGCAUCUUCCUGCACGACGCCUCGGCUGCCGCCCCUGCACCUGCCAGUACUGCGCCGGCCACCAAGGCCAGCCGCUGCGCCAAGGGUGGCCCCCUGAGCCCGCGCAAGGACGCCGGGCGUGCCAGGGACAGGAAGGACCCCAGGAAGAAGAAGAAAGGGAAGGAGACUGGGCCAGGAGCUGGGCUGCCACCGCCCCGAGCUCCCGCUUUGCCCUCUGAGGCCAGGGCUCCUCACGCCAGCUCCCUGACUGCUGCCAAGAAGAGCAAGGCCAAGGACAAGGGGAAGGAGGUGAAGAAGGAGAACCGCGGGAAGGGGGGCGCCGUGAGCAAGCUGAUGGAGAGCAUGGCAGCCGAGGAGGAUUUUGAACCCAACCAGGACUCGAGCUUCUCUGAGGACGAGCACCUGCCACAUGGCGGGGCUGUGGAGCGGCCACUGACCCCGGCCCCGCGCUCCUGCAUCAUUGACAAGGAUGAGCUGAAGGACGGCCUUCGUGUGCUCAUCCCCAUGGAUGACAAGCUGCUGUACGCCGGGCACGUGCAGACGGUGCACUCACCGGACAUAUACCGCGUGGUGGUGGAGGGUGAGCGUGGGAACCGGCCCCACAUCUACUGUCUGGAGCAGCUGUUGCAGGAGGCGAUCAUCGAUGUGAGGCCGGCCUCCACUCGCUUCUUGCCACAAGGGACCAGGAUCGCAGCCUACUGGAGCCAGCAGUACCGGUGCCUCUAUCCAGGCACCGUGGUCCGAGGGUUACUGGACCUGGAGGACGAUGGGGACUUGAUCACCGUGGAAUUUGACGACGGAGACACAGGCAGGAUCCCCCUUUCACACAUCCGCCUCCUGCCCCCCGACUAUAAGAUCCAGUGUGCUGAGCCGUCCCCGGCACUCCUGGUGCCGAGUGCCAAGCGCCGCAGCCGGAAGACCAGCAAAGACACCGGGGAGGGCAAAGACGGGGGUACAGCAGGGUCGGAGGAGCCAGGAGCGAAGGCCCGUGGGCGUGGGCGGAAACCUAGCGCCAAGGCCAAGGGUGACAGAGCCGCUACCCUGGAGGAGGGGAGCACAGCAGAUGAGGUCCCCAAUACCCCCUUGGCCCUGGAGCCAAGCAGCACCCCAGGUUCCAAGAAGAGCCCCCCAGAGCCUGUGGACAAGCGAGCUAAGGCCCCCAAGGCGCGCCCGGCACCCCCGCAGUCCAGCCCUGCACCACCUGCCUUCACCAGCUGCCCAGCACCCGAGCCCUUUGGGGAGCUGCCAGCCCCUGCCACCGCCCUGGCCCCAGCACCUCUCAUCACCAUGCCUGCCACACGCCCCAAGCCCAAGAAGGCACGGGCAGCUGAGGAGUCAGGCAUCAAGGGCCCUCGGAGGCCAGGGGAGGAGGCUGAGCUACUUGUCAAACUGGACCACGAGGGCGUCACGUCACCCAAAAGCAAGAAGGCUAAAGAGGCCCUGCUACUGCGGGAGGACCCAGGGGCUGGGGGCUGGCAGGAGCCCAAGAGCCUCCUGAGCCUAGGCAGCUACCCUCCAACAGCCAGCAGCAGCGAGUCCAAGGUGCCCUGGCCCAAGGCCGUGGAUGGGGACCUCGCCCAGGACCCUGGGCCAGGGCUCACAUUUGAGGACUCUGGGAACCCCAAGAGCCCGGACAAGGCCCAGGCUGAGCAGGAUGGGGCCGAAGAAUCGGAGAGCAGCAGCAGCAGCAGCAGUGGCAGCAGCAGCAGCAGCGGGUCCGAGACAGAAGGGGAGGAGGAAGGCGACAAGAACGGGGACGGGGGCUGCGGCGCUGGGGGCCGCAACUGCAGCGCUGCCAGCUCCAGGGCAGCCUCACCGGCCUCCUCCUCCUCCUCCUCCUCAUCUUCCUCCUCCUCCUCCUCCUCCUCAUCUUCCUCCUCCUCUUCCUCUUCCUCGUCUUCUUCCUCAUCUUCAUCUUCCUCCUCUUCUUCUUCGUCGUCCUCCUCUUCCUCGUCCUCGUCCUCGUCCUCGUCCUCGUCCUCCUCCUCUUCCUCUUCCUCCACCACAGAUGAGGACUCUUCCUGCAGCUCAGAUGAUGAGGCGGCCCCCGCCGCCACGGCUGGUCCCUCUGCACAGCCAGCGCUCCCCACCAAGGCCACCAAGCAGGCCAGCAAGGCACGGCCCUCAGCCCACUCUCCGGGCAAAAAGACACCCGCGCCCCAGCCCCAGGCGCCCCCGCCACAGCCCGCACAGCCUCUGCAGCCCAAGGCUCAGGCCGGGGCCAAGAGCCGACCCAAGAAGAGAGAGGGCGUCCACCUCCCCACCACCAAGGAACUGGCCAAGCGGCAGCGCCUGCCGUCCGUGGAGAACCGGCCCAAGAUUGCCGCCUUCCUGCCCGCCCGGCAGCUCUGGAAAUGGUUCGGGAAGCCCACCCAGCGACGUGGCAUGAAGGGCAAGGCCCGCAAGCUCUUCUACAAGGCCAUUGUGCGAGGCAAGGAGAUGAUCCGGAUCGGGGACUGUGCUGUGUUCCUCUCCGCCGGCCGCCCCAACUUGCCCUACAUUGGCCGCAUCCAGAGCAUGUGGGAGUCGUGGGGCAACAACAUGGUGGUCCGAGUCAAGUGGUUCUACCACCCCGAGGAGACCAGCCCCGGCAGACAGUUCCACCAGGGCCAGCACUGGGACCAGAAGUCCAGCCGCAGCCUCCCGGCGGCCCUGCGUGUCUCCAGCCAGAGGAAGGACUUCAUGGAGCGCGCGCUGUACCAGUCCUCGCACGUGGACGAGAACGAUGUGCAGACAGUGUCGCACAAGUGCCUGGUGGUGGGCCUGGAGCAGUACGAGCAGAUGCUGAAGACCAAGAAGUACCAGGACAGCGAAGGCCUAUACUACCUUGCGGGCACCUACGAGCCCACCACGGGCAUGAUCUUCUCCACGGACGGCGUGCCUGUGCUCUGCUGAGCCUGCCAGGCCCCGCGGGCGGCCAGGGACACCUCUCCAUCACUGCCACGGCACGGGGACCACGUGCGUUGUGUGCAUGUGAGCGCGCCUGCGGGCAUGUGCAUGGGGCCAGGUGUGCACGUGGACGCCCGGGCGAGCGUGUGUGUGCAUGUGUGUGCCCGUGUGCAUGCCACACGCCUCCUGCCCCACCUUCCCACCCCUCAGCGCCCCGAGGACAGGGGCUCCCUCAGCUGUCAGGGUAUGGCUCUGCCGUUCCCGUCAGGGCAGUCUUGGCCAGGACCGGCCCCUUCCUGCCCAGCACGUUGCAAGCACUUGGCCAGGCCGGCCCUCCAGGCUGCUGCUGCGUGGGGCCCCGAGGCCCAUGCAGACUGGGGAUUUGGCGGGGAGGGGGCUUCUAAGGAACCAAACUGACGCUUGCUCUGGGCUUCCCGGGCACCCUUAACACGGAGCCCACCCCAUAGCCUCCCAACGUUGCAUGGGAUGGGGCGGUCUGAUGCCAGCUGGCCUCUCUGACUGUGCCAGGCGUCCGGCUCCUACCUUCUCAGGAUGGCCUGGACUUGGGGAACAGAGCUGGGUCGGGGUGCAGCCCGGGAGCAUCAUAGGUGCCAGGUGGAGGGGGCCCAGCAAAGGCCCACCCUGGCCCAAACCCUCACACUACAGAAAACCCCAAUGGUGCUGAAACCCUUGCCUGGCCAUGUCCAGCCCCUCCCCACCCAGGAGGGAGGUGGCCCUUCUUAACCUGUACAGUUUUAUUGUACCAAGAGAGACUCGCCCCCGCCCUGUAUCAUAAGCCUUUAAAUGGAGUCAACUUUUUAAUUAUAUAUAUAAAGAAGAUAAAUAUAUAUAAAUAUAUAUAAAUAUAAACUUUUUAAAACUGUGAAAAAUAGCUAUGAAAUUAUAAAAAAAGCGAACACAUUCUGACGUGCAGAAUAUUAUUUUUUAUUUCCUGUUAGAUUGUAGUGUCUAGCACUGGCCUCAGCGGCCUCCCAGUCCCCAGCACACUCCCCGCCCGAUCCCCAACCCCACCAAGUGUACUGUACUCGCCCCCCCAGGUUAGAGAAGAGUUAGGGAGAGAAGAGGGAAGAGGCAGGAGCCGGCCCGAGCCCGUGGUCCCUGCUUGGGCCCCAGAAAGCACUUAACCAGGCCCCAAGCCUUCCAGGAAACCAAGGCCUCGACCAGACAAUCUUGAGGGAAGGAAGCCAGACUUUGGGUUUGUUUUUUGGGGGAAUUAUUGUUUUUUUAAGUUUCUUUUGGAAUUUUGUUUGUUGGCAAAUUCUGUGUGAUCUUUUUUCAUAAAAAAAGAAAAGCAAAGAAAAAGAUUUAAUUGGAAAAAUAAAA